AUGACUAAGUCAUUAAGCGAGCAGUUCAACGAAAAACUUGAUGAGCUGGGCCACUUUGGACCUUUUCAGAUCAAAACAUUUCUUCUAUUAGCGUUGUCCACCAUUCCAUGUGGCUGGCAUGCUUACUCGCAGACGAUUCUAUCGUAUGAACCAACUUAUAACAUUACAACAAAUAACGCACAGUGUAAACGAUUCAAUUAUGGCGAUGAGACAUUCGAAAAUAAAGAUGACGUACACCAAUUUCACCUCGAAAAUCUUCAUAAUCUAGUCGACUGUGAGCCUGACGAUGAUUUUUGGUUCAAUACUUCUGAUACCAUCUCAGCGACAACUGAGUGGCAAACAAUUUGCUCAAAACAAUGGCAGCAAGAUUUCGAUACCCAAUCAUUUAUGCUUGGAAAACUCGCCGGUGCUUUCAUCUUUGGAGCUAUGUCCGAUGCCGUGGGUCGAUUCAAGACAUACUUCAUCUCUUUAGUUCUUCAGCUCGCCACUGGAAUACUCAUCGCCAUUGCUCCGAAUGUGCUUGUUUACUCAAUCGCUCGUUUCGCAGAAGGUGCGGCUUGCUCAGGAGUCUACCUAUGCGCAUAUGUGCUGGCCUUGGAAUUUAUCGGUCCGGAUAAAAGAACAACGCCUGGAUUGAUCUACCACAUGUUCUAUGCUAUCGGAUAUUCUCUACUUGCUCCUAUCGGCAAUUAUAUCAAGGAUUUUAGGACUGUUAGUUGGGUUCUAGCCAUUCCAAGUGCUUUCGCUCUUCCACUGUACUUUAUAAUCGACGAAUCAGUCCAAUGGCUUCUAGGAAAACGGAGGAUUGAUGAUGCGGAAAAGAUCGUUCUCAAAGCCGCUGAUGGAAAUAAAAAAGUCCUCGAGAAGCCAGUUUUUGUUGAUGAUAAAGAAGACAAAGAAGGGGAUGAGAAGAAUAAGGGUCAAUGUGCUGCAUUUGCGGAUAUGUUUGUUGAUGUGUUUUCUGGUCCUUAUCCGAAAUUACGCCGCCGAAUUCUUUCCCUGUUUCUGAUCUGGCCCAUCAACUCCGGGAGCUAUUAUGGAAUCACGCUCAAUGCAAAGAAUUUGAGUGGAAACUUCUACCUGAAUCUUUUAAUUUCUGGUCUUACCGAGAUUCCGGCUAUCUUGUUUGUCAUUUUUUCGAUUUCAAAAUGGGAUAUUGGCCGCAAAAAGAUCUUGAUGUUUACGUACGCUCUUUGUGCUGGUCUUAUGGGACUGAUUGCAGUCAUUCAGGCCUUCCAUCUCGACGGUGAUGGAAAUAUGUGGUCGAUUCUCGUCAUCAUACCUGCUAUGGGCGGCAAAUUUGCCAUUUCAGGAGCGUAUGCGGUCAUCUAUCUCUUCUCUACUGAACAAGUUCCAACGGUCGUUAAAAACUCAUGCCUGGGAGUUUGUUCGAUUUGCGCUCGAUUUGGAGGACUUCUCUGUCCAUACAUCAUCUCUCUGGCGAAUUACUGGAAACCCUUGCCGCUCAUCAUUUUCGCUAGUGUUUCUGUUGUUGCGUUCGUGUUAAUGAUCCCGCUCCCAGAAACUCACAAGAAAGUUUUACCACAAACGCUUGAAGAAGCAGAAAGUUUUGGGUUUUCAUAA